AUGCCCGCCGAUACUCCCCAGGGGCGAACCUCUGCUCGCCUGGCUGCGGCGGGCAACCUCAAGAAUGGUCCUCAUGGUCCUCAUGGCCAGUCGUCGGCACCCACGGUUGUCGGAACGACCAAGCCGCCUUCCUCAAGCAAAGACCCUUCCUUCGCCAUGGUCUCAGUCGGCAUCGACAAAUCCCUCAAGGAAUGCAACACACACGUCCACAAGUCGGGUCGUAGCGAGCCUGAGGCCGCCGACAACAACAUCACCGCGGCCAGCUCUGGCCGUGAAUCGAACCCAGUCACAGCCGCGCCAUCGCCGAGCCGGCCUCUGCUCGACCACAAAUUCUAUCCUCACAUCAUCGACGCCAUUUUGGAGCACCCUGUCGCCUGGAUCCCCUUUGGCGCUACCUGCAAAGAGUAUCAGCGUCGCGUUCGGCGCCUCAUGUUCCGCCAUGUUGUGGUCUCGGCUGUCCGCCGCAGUUACGACUCGGACGAGUCUGGCUAUGAGAGUCCCGAGUGCCAUUGCUCUGCGUGCGCAGAAUUUCCUCUUCUGUUCGUUGAACUCAAGUUGUCCUCUUCUCGCCUCAACGAUCGUCUUACAUCGCCAUUCCCGCUCAGGCGCUACGAUAAUCUCACGGGAAACGACCGUCGCAACGUCAAGCGCCUUUUGAAUGCCUAUCUCCAGCAUACAGAGACUAUGGAUGUCCCCAUUGGGCUGGAGAACCAAGACUUCGACUGGUGCGAGAGCCACCUCCAGAGCCUUAAGACAGUCCGGUAUUACAAUGAUCCCGAUAUCGAACCUGUCGAUGAAGAAUACGUGGAGGGCGAGUACACUCUUCCCCUUACCGCCAAUACACUGGUGAUCAUGCACCGUGGUAUUCUGGACUUCAACCAAUGGCACUAUGUGCCACCAAUACGCUCAAGUGUGGUUCAGAAAGUCGUUAUCAAUGUUCCCUACACUGUGCCAACAGGUCCCAUCGGUCACUAUAUGCUCCACGCUACCAGUGACUUUGAUUGUCCGCAGGUCGUUCACAUAUUCCACCACUACGCCAAGAACGAUGCCCUUCCUGAACCGCCCGGAUUGAUGCAAGAGACACCGGGAUGGCAGAGGUACAUCGAGUGGCUUGUCGAAUUGGUCCUCGUCUGGACCAAUGAGUCGAUGGUCUUCGUCGACUUCCCAGUUUCUGCCCUGGGCUCGCCUUCUCAAAGCCAAUCCCCCCAAGCCCAAUUUGUAGCCGACCUUCGCGCGGCACUGGAUGGGUACCCCGGGCCCUGUUUCGUCACACUUGAAGAGUACGCCUCCCGCCUCACUCCUCAAGAAUUUGAGCUGGAGUAUGUGUUGUGA